AUGUCACCGGUAGUUUUGGAAGCCCCAGCGAUGAGCAUGAACAUGCACAGCACGCCCAUGUCCCCCAUCGCACGACUUUCUCAGUUCUCGCCGAACGGCACGUCAGAUCUUAUUCGCAGCAACGAGUCGCUGUCGUCCCCAGUCUCGUCGCCAUUGCCUCCGUCGGAUCGACCACAAGCUGCUGAAUUGCUCCCCCUCGACCCAUUGACUCCUUCAAACUUGUCAAGCGAUCAAAUUGACCCCAGCUUGAUGAAUUCUGAGAAAGACAAAGCUUCACGGGGUCCUUGCCUCAAUUGCGGUAUCAAGGACACUCCUCUAUGGCGGAGAGAUGCAGACGGUAAUCCUUUGUGCAAUGCCUGUGGUCUCUAUCAAAAAUCAAAGCGCAUGCCUCGCCCUUCACCACUUGGCCGGACUCCUCCUCCAACGACCCAUGCAGCCAAUCAGCCUAUUAAGUCUGGCACGCAACCGUCGCCGUUCGCCGUCCCAAAGCCUAGCACCCCUCAACCAACUACAAACGGCAGGCAGCCCAACUCUCCGACGAUGGCUACAAACCAAUCGCAAAGUAAAUCCAGUCAUGCUGCUGGUACCUGUCCAGGCGAUGGACGAUGUGACGGUACGGGAGGAACAUCAGCGUGUAAUGGGUGCCCGACGUAUAAUAAUACUUUGGCCGUAACAGCGCGCUUGGAGAUGGAGGGUGCAGCCCAGGAAGCGAAUGCUGGAGAACAGACGCCUGCCGGCCUUCAAGGGCCAGGAUCUCCUACGCACCCUGAAGCCUCGUCGCCGGAAGCGACUGGGAGCCCGGAGGCCGGGCAUUCUACGCCAGGGGGCAAGAAAGCUCGUGCGGCCGUUGGCGCAUUAAGCUGUUUCAACUGUGGGACGAGCACGACGCCCUUGUGGCGGAGGGACGAUGUUGGCAAUAACAUUUGUAAUGCUUGUGGGCUUUACUUCAAGCUACACGGGACUCACCGUCCGAAUUCUAUGAAGAAGACGGUUAUUAAGCGGAGGAAAAGAGUACCUGCUGCACCUGGUAUGGGUGGAACUUCUGGUCCAAUAACUCGUAUGACCGACCAAGCUGCCGCUGAAACUCUAGUUUCGGUUGGACGGUUUGCCCCCGGUGGAAGUGCUCCAGGUACCGCUGGCGAAGAAAGUGAAGCAGAAGCCUCAGAACCACCCAAGAAACGCAGAAGCAGGAAGAGUCGGAUUACCGCCAACGACAAACGCGGGGACGACGACGUGGCCAUGGAAGGGACCGAAGAGGAAAACCGAGAGAGCGAUCGGGAUAGAGAACGCGAUUCGCGAAGGAAAAAACCCAAGGAUAGCAGUUGGGGUGAAGGAGGUUCGCCCCCACGCGCCGGUUCUGGUGCUCCUUCAGAUAUUCGUUUUGCUCACCUUCAGCGCCCUGGCUCAGGUUCAGGUUAUGCUUCUCCCCAUCCUAUGGGGCUUGACCUUCCACCGCUUCCGGGACUUAGCGGCGAUCCUAACCGUCCUUUCCUAGCACACUUUUCGGUACCUCCAUCAAGUUUCAUACGGUCGGGGUCUGCUGCGCCUAGCAGAACUCAUUCACCCAUGGGCCCACCAACGCACGCGCUCCACUUACACUCAGGUUUUUUGCCACCACCUCCCCCUCAUUUGAUGGGUGGAGGGCCUUUCCACCCAGAUCACCCUUUCAAUAUCGCACCGUUCAUCGGUAACGGUCCCGUUACAGUUCCCGACUUGGAGAGGCAUUAUAUGGAGCUUGAGACCUACAAAAAGGUCUUUGAAGAUCUAGCCGCAAAGACGGAACGGAUGAUGAUGUCGGUGAAAAAGGGGAUCGAUGACAUGAAGGGUCCGACCAGUAGCUCGCCUCCCCCGCAGCCUCCACAAACCUCGCCAUCCCCAACUCCUCAAGCAUCCACGCAGGAACCUCCAUCUCCUGCGCAGGUUGCUAUUCCGCUGGCUCGUAGCGCGGCUCCUACUAGGGACCGACCUCGGGAAAAUGUUUGGCCCACAGAGCCGGCUAGGGAAUAA